AUGGUAUCGGUUUCUGGCGACCCUAACCACAUGCCCAGCAUCAGCAUUCCUCCCGCUUGGUCACUUGGCUCCCCUAUCAACAUUUCGGACUGCAUCGUCUUGGAGAACAACUUCGGCCGCUGGUAUCGUGGCUUCAAGCAUGUGGUCGACAACUACAGCGUCAAACUUGGCGGCGGCAGCUCCGCCUCUGACCGCAACCCAUUAUCCCAUGUUGUCAAGAGUGUCAUCUCUUUUGGUAACAAGCGUUACGUUUUGGCCGAUAACAGCAUGCCGGGCGACAUCAAAUUCGAGCGCAAUACAGUCUACGAGAACGGCGACGGAGGGUGCAACACACAAUCCUCGUGUGCCACGUACACCAGCAACUUGGCAGCUGAAAACAUCGGCACCACCGACGCGACAACCAAUUGUGUCCUUACCGAUAGAGAGGAGCUAGACGCGCGCGUCGACGACCAGGCUGCCGCCGGUACUGCCUGCGCCAGCGCACAGCUGACCGGGCCCGAUACCAAUUCUAUUGGCUGCAGUACGCAGCUGAGACACGUCCGCAUGGCUCAAGGCAUCAAUAGUUUGUUCGAGGGGCGCUUGCAGGUCAAGGGUCAGUAA